GACGUGACUCGAGUAUGCAACUCCACCCAACACACACACAAGGCAGCUAGAGUCAGGGCCCAAACAUGGCGUUACAGCUUUGGGGGAGAGGAGAAGGUGAUGAGAAAAUAAAGACCAUGUAAACACUCACCAGUCACCUCCUUAAACCAGAGAGAGAGCGAGUGUCUGCCAAGCGUUAGUGCAAGUUAUGCAGUAGGAGGCAGCAAAAAAAAGUUACAGCAAAGUUUUGCAAAGGAGAGACUUAAAGGCGUUAUAUUAACGCAGGAGAGGAGGUGUUUUGUACGGAAGCAGUACGGAGUGAGUUAACUUGCUGUCUGUCCUGUAACUUUAGCCGUGAUCUCCUUUUCUCCUUGGACUUUUAAGAGCCGGGGCUGCGGGGACCAGGAGCUGCUCCGGGGGAGAGAGAGAGAGACUUCCUCAUCGCGACACCGUGCUGGGGGUGACUUGUUUCAAGGUGUCGGAUCAUGGCACAUUCGCCAGUGGCAGUGCAAGUUCCAGGAAUGCAGAAUCAUCGGGCAGACCCUGAGGGACUGUUUACCAAACUGGAACGGAUUGGAAAGGGGUCAUUUGGUGAAGUCUUCAAAGGAAUUGAUAAUCGGACACAACAAGUAGUUGCUAUCAAAAUCAUUGACCUAGAAGAAGCUGAAGAUGAAAUCGAAGAUAUCCAACAGGAAAUAACUGUGCUAAGCCAGUGCGAUAGUCCAUAUGUAACCAAAUAUUUUGGAUCAUAUUUAAAGGGGACGAAGUUAUGGAUCAUCAUGGAAUAUUUGGGAGGCGGUUCAGCCUUGGAUCUACUCCAAGCUGGGCCCUUUGACGAAUUCCAAAUUGCUACCAUGCUAAAGGAGAUCCUCAAAGGCUUGGACUACCUGCAUUCAGAGAAAAAGAUCCACAGAGAUAUUAAAGCUGCCAAUGUCUUGUUAUCUGAGCAAGGCGACGUUAAAUUGGCGGACUUCGGUGUGGCUGGUCAGCUGACUGACACGCAGAUUAAACGGGACACCUUCGUUGGCACGCCGUUCUGGAUGGCACCAGAGGUCAUUCAACAAUCUGCUUAUGACUCCAAGGCAGACAUCUGGUCAUUGGGAAUUACAGCCAUUGAGCUGGCCAAGGGCGAGCCACCCAAUUCAGACAUGCAUCCAAUGAGGGUUCUAUUUCUUAUACCCAAAAACAACCCGCCAACUCUAAGCGGAGAGUUCAGCAAGUCCUUUAAGGAGUUUGUAGAUGCGUGUUUGAAUAAAGACCCUUCUUUUCGUCCGACAGCCAAGGAGUUGCUCAAACAUAAGUUCAUCAUUAAAAACUGCAAGAAGACCUCUUAUCUAACGGAACUAAUUGACGGGUACAAGAGGUGGAAGGCAGAAGGACACAGUGAUGAUGACUCCAGUUCAGAUGAGUCAGAUUCUGGCAGUAAUGACAAGGAGAAUAAAAAUGCCAAACCUAUUGAGUGGUCCUUCACCACUGUCAGAAAGAAACCUGACCAGAAGAAACUACAGAAUGGAACAGACCAAGACCUCAAGAAGCUCUCAGCAUGUUUAGCGACUGUGAUUGCUCCUGUCUUUGCUGAGCUUAAAGAACAGGAAAGAGGCAAUGCGGGGAAGACUGAAGCAAUAAAUGAACUUGAAAAAAGCAUUAACAUGGUGGAAGCAAGCUGCCCAGGCAUCACAGAGAAGAUGAUAAAGAAACUAAUAGACAGGUUUCAAAGGUUUUCAGCCACCGAAGCAUCCUAAAGAAGCCUGCCACUUACCGACUAGGACUCGUUUAUUAGGACCCAGCUGUCCAAACAUGACACCUCCGAGAAUGAAGAAGCAUUUCCUUCUCACCUCCCACAUCUCUGUUCUCUCUCAAAAUGGUUCUUAACUCUUUCAUAUUUUUAACAAUGAGUUUUGUUCAUACAAGGAUGGUAAAGGCCAAGGAAGAAAAUGUGCAGUGGACUGCAAAUGAUUGUUUUCUAUAAAUAGGGAGAAACCCUGCCCUUACUUUACAUCUUGGUUAUUUAAAUAGAAAUCUCAAGCCCAACGCUGAGUUAAAUGCCACUUUUGAUUGCAAUGUCUGUUUAGGCAAGUGUCAAGCUGCCAUCUUAAAUCUCCAUUAAUCUCCACCGCGAUUAGACCCCAGGCAGCUACUUGCAGCUCAGGGAAAUAAAGGUUUAGAUUGUAGAUGAGGAAAGGAAGAGGGUGAUGUCAUGUGAUUUUACAAGAAAGUUGCAGAUCGUUCUAAAACGAGCAGACACGUGCUUGCUUUCUUCUCCAAACACCUUGUUUUUCCACACCUGAGCCCAGCUGGAUAAGGAGAUCAUGGACAGUAGAUGUAAUGAAUAGUAAGGUAUGUGUUUACUUGUGAGGAGGCCCACUCUAUCUCCUCACUUCAUGGCAAGACAAGCCUUAGCAUGAUUUCAGAUUGAGUGCCCAAUCCUGACCCCAUCUCCUUGACUAUUGGCGCCUUGUAAAAUCAAUGGUUAUCUUGAAACCAGCUGUCCCAUGGAUGUCCUUCCCCAAAGUCUGGUAACCUGUCAAGAAUCAGGCAGCUCACCUAUUCAGGCAUAUAUUUUCUGCACUACUACAUGGUCCUAUUUGAUUUAGCAUUUGGAAAGCAUCAGUGUCUGUUUUAUGGUGCAUGAAUCAUGUUGGCAUUAUAUACAAAUUAAUAGGAAUUCAGAUAUGUACUUUAUCCAACUACCCUGAAGGCUCCAUGUUAAACAGCCUAGUUGGCCCUCAAAUACAUUAGCUUGGGCCCCUGAGCUGUGAGGUUCAUUCUCAAAAUAAUGACCCAUUACACUGGCUGCUCUUUGUAACACGUUAUAUUGCAUUGCUAGGUAUUAGUUUUGUACAUCUUGUUGAACCCAAAAUAAAUUUGUAACAGAAAUAUAACAUUUCAGGUAGUUUUGUUCAGGUGGAACCUAAGUCUCUGAUCCUGGUGCCCACAUAGUAUGGGUAAGCGGAAUCCAUGUGAAGAAACCAUCCCUUCAAUCCAGUGUCCUGAAACCGCUUCAGAACCGCCUUACACUCUUGCCUCAAGGUCCAAGAGAAGGCAACUGAGCCCAUUCUUUAAAACAAGAACAUUAUCACUUCUUUACAAAAAAGUUAAAGCUAGUUGACCUUUCACUUCACUUCUCUCGUACCAUGGGUCAUAUUUCCUUGGACCUUUUUGCCUAUUAUCCCUACUAGAAUAACCUAAAGCUGAAAUCCCUUUUGAAGAAUGGACAUGUGCAUUGCUCCAAAUCAACAGUCUUCCCUAUGCCCCCCUCCUCCCUCCCCCCUGUACAGCCAGGUUUGAGGCUCGGGUGAUGGAAGCUUUCAAGAAGCUCCCAGCUGGUAUGUUGGUUCAUUCUGUAACUCAUUUUUGCAAUUCCUGCUUUGAAAGGGGCUGACCUGGAUUACGUCCCCUUAAUGACACAAGAAAGUUGUUGAAAGUGGUCAUAUGUAAAGGCACAGCCCAGAUAAAAGCUAUGUAUCAACUCACAGUGUGAACUUGCUGUACACCCCAAUGCAUGAGAAGCAGUAGAGGCCAGUGAAGAGACAGAAUCAACAUUCUCCUCCCAUCACCAACUUUUUUCUGGUGAGUUUGAUGGGAGAAGGAAAGGGGACAGAAAGGUGAUUGCUGAACAAUCCAUGUCAGAAGUUAAGUAAGGAAGGAGUUUUUAAAAUGAGUUUCUACAUUCUUCUCCUGUGGCCUUGUCCGCUAUGGCAGCUGAUCCACUGUGUCUAGUGAUCUUCCUCCACAGCAGAAAGACUGCAGUCCCUCUUUGAUUUGAAUCUACCUGUUUCUUGAUAGAGUUGUGAUGGAAGCUGUUGGAUAAGUCUGCAAAGGUGCAUUUUAUACAGCGACCAUCAAUUUUGAAGCCUCUUCUCUUCAGCUCCAAUCUCUCUUUUUGGCUUCACCUGUUCUCAGUAUAUUUGUAGGCCCCUGGCAGCCUCUGUCUUCCAUUAGUAACAUCAUGAUUGUGUGCAGCUUCUUUUCAUAGUGUCUCACAUCUAAUUGUGGAAUGGCAUCAGGUGAAAGAUUGGAUGCCAACCAAAUACAAUUGUCCAAUUGUUUGUGAAGUCUGAUUUAAGGGUUUAGGAGUAAUGGUGGGUUUUGGUGUCUGUAGGUGUAAAGAUCUUUGGCAGUUGGCCAAUUCCCCUCACUCAAAAAUGAUUGAAUUUUUAAGUCCCAAGGGCCAAUAUCCUGAGUACAGGAUGGCUGGGGAGAGGUGGGGUGGCAGGGAUUCCUACUUGAUGCAUCCCCAAAUUUUAGAAAAUCAGAGAAGCUCUUUAGUCACCACCACCCCCGCCCCCCCCACCAUCCCCUCAAAUUUCUCAGAAUGCCCAGCAGCUGGCAAGAGAGCAAUCCCCAUUCAAAAUAAGAAACAGAACAAAAGGAAGGGAUUGAAGUGUAAAUCUGUGCACAGUGUGAGGAGCUCUGUUCAGUUCCAAGCUUGCAAUGAGUGAAGCAGUGGGACAUCUUGGAAUAAGUUGGGAAGGUUCUGCACUCCUCAGUCGCAGACCUUGCCAGGGUACCCAGGAAUGGACAAGCCUCUACAUCCAGCCUGAGAGAGAGCAAGAGACAGAGAGAGAGAGAGAGAGAGAGAGAACUGCGCGUGUAUAUAUUUUGUUACCAAUGAUACCAGGGUAUUUACAGUUCCCUUCUGACUCUUUGGUUUUGUUUUGUGUGCGGGGCACAAUGUAAAGAUAUGCCAUUGUAUCUUUCAUUUUUUUUUUUACCUGUUCUGUAAAUUUUACCUUUGCGCAGAGUUUCUUUGGUAUACAUAUAAAUAUAUAUAUAUAGAUCGCUUAGACGUAUUUUGCCAAAUAUUUCAACAAUUGAUUGGUUUGUGCAUGGUAAUUAGACAACAUAUCAAUGACAGAAUAUAGAAUUUAGUUGCCACUAGUGUUCAUCAUUUCACACACAGUGUUGUUGGCAUCCUGCAUUUAUCGCAAAUUGCCAAGUAUUAAACCUCAGCUGGCACCAGUUGCAGUAACAUAUUUACCCAGCCAAACCAAGUAACUUUUCAUCCUGAAUGCAACAAAAUCAGGCCAAUUUUUUCUAUUAAAAAGGAAUUAUCCUUUUGUUUUGGAGGUAAUUUUGAAAAAGCCACAAUUAGUGUCUUGAUUUAAAAGCAAUAUUUUUGUAAGUGUGUGUAUAAAAAAAUGGUAGAGGUGUAAAUAUAGAAAUAUGUAAGGAGGGGUGAGCGAGCUGUGUUAGAUCUGUGACCGUUGAUAGUCUUGUAAAUCUUUUUUUGUAGAUAAUGUUUUGUUGUUCUUAGUCAUGGGUUUUGAAUGGUUUUAUGAAUAAAUAUUUAAAUCAUCCUCA